AUGGAUCAGGUCUUCAAGUGCAAACGGCGGAGUCUCGAGGGUGCAAGCCUAGACGGUCCCCUCUCGCCGGAGCUCGCAAGGGAGUUUUUGGAUAAUUUCUGCAAACAUUACCAACCGGAACUCUUCGAUAAUUUCUUCAUCAACAUCAAGCUCAUGUACUUGAUUCCAGAUCUCAUCAGCACUCCAGAGGUUCGUAUCGACCCCUCGACAAUGAUGCUUUACUAUGUCAUGCUCUACCACGGGGCGCUCAAUCACCGUGCCGAGAACAAGUCGCAGACGGGGGAUUUUAUGCGACGAUUUUAUGUGCAAUGUUUGCGGUUUGUCCCAACCUGGGAAAAGCACGCUGCUGGGAGCAAGGGCGAUUUGAUAACAGCAAUAUUACUGGCGAGGGCUGCUUUCCAGCAAUGCGACAUGGAUUUCAGCUGGAACAUGCACAAGCUUGUGUGCCUCUGCGCGGUCAAGCGGAACAUGCAUGUCUUGGAUAAAGACCAUCCAAAUACCUUGAUCACCGCUAAACCUCUGAAGGAAGGAGUAGACCAAUAUCGAAAGGGGUUUUGGGGGUUGGUCCACACAGAUUUGGUGUUUCGGCUCCUCCACGACAAGCCUGCCAUGCUGACUGCCGACGUCGCUAACUGGCACGUCAACCUCCCCGCGGUGGAAAUCGAUCCGGAGCUUCCAGCCUUUGCAAUACCUGAUCUUGCAUUUCUAGUGCGGUUUCGUCUGGUAUUACAUCUGCUUCGCUUUUACGAGGUAACUGGGCGUUGUUCUGGUGAUGAGGAGUACAAGGCUAGGUGCAUAGAAAACCUGUGCGAGGAAAUCCAAGAUUCAAUGAAGGAAUGGCCAGUGGCCGACCUUAUGACUGAGAAUGAAAAUACUCGUACCUUGUGGUGGGUGCUAUACGAAGUGACCCUCGCGGCUUGCUGCUCCGUCAUGAUCAUAAGCCAGGAGCUCACUGACAUCCGUGCGCGGUUACCCGAUCAUACCUCACGGGAAGGUAUAGUCUCGCCCCACCCUCUGUCCGUCAAGAUAGCACGUCAGAUCCUGCAUCUUGCUAGUGAGGGCAUGAACAAAGUUCCGAUCACGCCCACGGCGUCCGUUAUAUGGGGUCUGAAUCGCUGCUACAUGGCAUACGGCUGUCUGGUUCAGCACCUUGCCGCGACUGACCCUGAAAUCUCAGAGGGCAGGGAUGCAGAUCUGGACCUGCUCAAAGAUGUCACGCGAGGACUUGCCAUGGUUGUUGAAACUGACAGCGACUUGAUGCCUUUGCUGACUGCGCUUGUUGUCCUCAACGCGACCGUACAAGUUGGAUAG